ACGUCAGUGCCAAAAGCGGUAACCCCGAGCUACACUCAGGCUUACCAUGCAGCGCUGCAUAGGGAGUCCCUGCAGAGCUUACCUUGACCUUCGCUCCCGCAAUGUUUCCCCUGCAGCGUUCCCGGCCAUCUCCUCCGGCCGAUGCCGGCAUCCGGCUUCCGUGUUCCGGUCCCUGUGACGUCGGAACGCACGGGCGCCGCCGGCGGCAGGAAAUUUGAAAAUUUUAAAAAAUGUCUUUUUUUUCAAAACACAUUUUUCAUAUGCUUUGUCCUGUGCCCUGACUGCAUUUUGUCUGUUCUUUCU